AUGAUCAAAUUCCAAAAUAAAGAGGAACUUAUGGAGAAAAACAAUGAGUUGAAUGGUACUCGUCGGCUAGCCUUCUUAGGAGUAACCGUCGCUUCUAUAGCUACACUAGUUUGCGUAAUUUGUGUUCCCAUGAUUUACACUUACCUUCAAAGAACGCAGAUUGUUAUGCAAAAUGAAGUAGAUUUUUGCAAAGUCCAGUCGAGGUAUAUGUGGAAAGAAGUUUCUUGCACUCAGGGUAUGGUGAAAGCGGAAGAGCUACGAAGUAAACGUGACGCGAGCUGUUUGAAGUCGUAUAAAAAGACGUGUUGCGGUUGUGGAAUUUCACCUCCAGGUCCACCAGCACCUCCUGGAAAUUCAGGAAGGGAUGGUAUGGAUGCACAGUCACUACGUGCAUACAGCCCUGGAGAUACUGAAUGGUGUUUUGAUUGUCCAAAAACACCAACAAGGCCCUGCGGUCACGCAGGAAAGAAAGGAGCUGCAGGACAUCCUGGACUAAGCCCAAGGAAACUAGGAAAAGAUGGCAGUUCUGGACCAAAAGGACCUCCAGGUCUUCUAGAGCCAGCUGGGCCUACAGGAGCUUUGGGGCCUCCUGGAGAACCUGGUAAGAUUACCGUUGUCAAAGACCUUGGUGGUUUUCAAGGUCCUCCUGGUCUACCAGGCGCACCAGGUCAGACUGGUUCUGAGGGCAAACCAGGAAAAGAAGGUGAACCAGGGCAACGAGGACCUCAAGGUGAUAUUGGUGAGCCAGGUGCCCCUGCCAAUCAGGGAAAAGACGGGCUGCAAGGAAAGGAAGGUGAGAAAGGCGAAAUAGGUUCAUGCGAUCACUGCUCGCCUCCCCAGACAUCUCGAGGUUAUUAG